AUGACUUAUACUCAUGAUCCUGUUGCUAUCGUCACCGCGGCGCUGGACCAAUUGCCGCCCCCCGAAUCGAUUUCAGAAGAAAAGCGUCUCCAGAUUUUAGCGGCGAUUGACAAAGCCCGUGUCGCUCUGGAGCCUCCGCUUGUCUCUGUCCAGAACCUUGUCUUCUCACACAUGGGACUUGUUGGUGUCCGAGUAGCUGUCAGCAUGGGUAUCUUUGACGCCUUAGCGGCUGGGGGUGAAUCACCUCAGACUCUGAGCCAAUUAGCCGAGAAGACCAAGGGUGAUGAGACACUCUUGCUGCGAAUUCUGCGUCUUCUUACCGUACACAAUCUCAUUGCCGAAACGGCUCAUCAGACAUGGAAGCCAUUGCCACUUGGCUUGGGAUUCGCCUCAGGCUCACCCUUACCCGAAGUGGCUAAGCAUUUGUACCCUAUUCCUUUCGCAUCUGCAAAGCUCAUAAGCUUACCAUGGACCAGCUACGCCAACAUGAAAGCUUCCGCGAAUCUGGACGAAUUCCUGGAGGCCACAGACUACCAAAACCCAACGGAUACCUACAACGGACCAUGGCAGUUUGCAUACAAGACCAAAGACCACUACUUCGACUGGCUGACGCAGAACCCAGAAGACGCCCACGCGUUCAACGUAACAAUGCGCAUUAACCGUCAGGUAGAAGGCGCACAGUGGUUUGACAUCUACCCCGUCGAAGGAAGACUGAGUGUAUCCUCGAACGACCGCGUCCAGCUAGUAGACAUCGGCGGCGGAUUGGGACACGAUCUUGCAGGUUUGAAGCGCAAAUUCCCCAAUCUUCCUGGUCGCCUGGUUCUCGAAGACCUACCGGAUGUUAUCGAACACGCCAAGGAGUCGAUUGAAGAUGGCAUUGAGGUUGUCGGGUACGACAUGUUCACUGAGCAGCCGCUGAAGGGUGCCAAGGCGUACUAUUUGCGUACUGUGCUGCAUGACUGGCCGGAUAAGCAGUCGCUGCUGGCGCUUGCCCGUGUUCGGGAGGCUAUGGCUGACGACUCAGUGCUGCUGAUUAAUGAGAAUACCUUGCCUGAGGUUGGCGCGUCGAGCUUCUCGGUGUCGUUGGAUAUUAACAUGAUGAAUAUUUUUGCUGCUUUGGAGCGGACGGAGAAGCAAUGGGUUGAUCUGCUGGAGCGGGCUGGCUUCAGGGUGGUCAAAAUUUGGCGCGCUGACUAUGAUGGUGUCGGAUCGAAUGCGUUGUUCGAGGCUGUCGCUUGUCAACUGUGA